GAGGUCAGAGGUCACUAAUCAAGAUGGCGGCACGUUUAUGAAUCGAGAGAAUUACUGGAAGAUCUACACAACCAUAAUGGCGUCCUGGAAUUGAAGAAACAAGGAUGGACUAGCAGGGCGAGCCCUCCUCUGAUAUAUCCAGUCACGUCCUCCCUUAUAUCCACUGGGCUGUCCUUGUCCUCACGUUGUUACAUGCCGACCAAAGUUACUCAACUCCUACUCUCAUAGCAAGUGAUCGCGAAGCCAUGUAACUCAAUUCACCAGUGUAUGCACGAAACAAGCAAAGUCUUCUGUUCAAAACAUUCAAAUUCAUCUUGGAAUUUCGAAAAUAAGGAUUUUUUUAAACAAGCUGUAGUUGAGAUAUUGUCUCAAAAGAAUUUAGUGAUUUUCUAAUAGUUUCCCAAGAAUUUUAUUUCAAAGAAGUCAUAUUGCAUAUUUCCAUACAAUUUCCCCAUUUGGGAUCACCUUACCCUUUAUCAAUGGAAAAAUGGCGCGGAACCACGACAGUCGUUACGACGUGUUGAGAGCGAGUCGCUUUAGAAGUGGUAGUGUUGUUGAUGAUGCAGAAAAUUUACCACCAAGAAUGAGCGAGGAGAUGGACACCCAAGAUAAAACUGAUCAAGUCGGCAACGAAAAUGUGUUCAACAACGGGGACGGUCCUGUAAGUGCACGAUCACAUGUUAAGUUUCGAUCCAAUGUCAGCAAGAUAAAGGAGAUUUUUCAGACAGGAGACGACGGAAAGGGAGGAGAAGCGAAGAGUACUAUGACACGACAUCCACCCCCUGUUCCCGAAAAGUCUCCAGAAAUAAAAAAGAAAAAGACUUUUGAUCUGUCUAGUAAAAGAGGUGGGAAGGCAAUGUCUCCACCUAGAUCUUCUGAUCCUAAGAAGCUACUAGACGCAACAAAUCACGUCGACCGAUUCAAUUAUACCCGGGCAUUGUUUGCCCGAUUAGACCAGCAAGCACGGGCAAACACAUUGGAGCCAGAUCGAUAUAUUGCGAGAAAAACUUCGCCAAGAACCACGUCUCCAUCCCCAGUUCUCUCCCCUACGUUGAGCUCUCCAUCCAGUCCAGAAGGGAGAGUUCGCUCCCCUUCAGAAGAUGUUCUCACUAAUUCACAUUCCGAACCUCUUGAAGUUUCAAAUAAACGUCGCUCAUCCUCAGAACCUGCAGAUAGGGACGAUCCUGUUCCCACAUCGUAUGGUUUUGGGCGCCGGUCACGAGCUGAUCAGCGUCCGACCAAUUUAGCCUUUCAACAAGAUGUAAUAAGAACUGAUAAAUCAGGUCCAAAACCGUCACUUCCACUACACAGUAAUGCCCCUGGUGGGUUGCUAUGGAAGCGACGACAACAUUCAGAUGUAACGAAUGAAGAACAUAAAUAUGGUGCAAAUAGAUAUCGUAAGGAGGAAAAACCUCUUCAGGGCGAAUCUAAUGAUACGGAUACAAGCCAUUCCAGGAACUACGACUUGUCGGUACAGUCAGGAUACUCGAGCCGGACAAGACCUAGUAACACAAGAAACAGGUCUGGUUCACAUGAUAACUCGGAUUCAUUGGCUAGUAAUGAUAAGCCUUCUAUUGAUAGUGAAUCCAAAACUGAUGCUGUAGUGCUACGCCGUAAACGUAAAGAUGAUAGUUCUUCGUCAGCGUCGGACGGGAAGAGAGUUAGUCGCGAAGAAAUACAGGCGGCUUUACUAAAGGCCGAUAAAUACUGGAUGCACGACACCAAGUCGGAUUUCCAGGCUAAACGCAGGUCCUGGGAAGUCAGGGAACAGAAGUCGGACGUAACUGAUAGUUUUUUCGAUUGGAAAAAACACAAACAUCAAGGUCUGCCGCAAAAAUCUCGAUCAAUGGAUGCAUUAGAUGAUUCUGUACCUACGAAUUCUAAAAUGCAGAAUUUGGUCGAAAGUGUUACAAACGUUGAUAACGACCAGCAUGUGCAAAAUGGUGACAUUGAGAACGUGAAAACAGAAUUUAAUGUUAACAUUCCUCGACUAGACUUGUCAUCUCGUGCAAGAUCUGACUCGGAGUCAAGUGAUUCCCAGAAUGUCCCAGAAUCUGGACAGCCUCAGACAAGGAAAGUGUCCUCAAGCAAGCCAAAACCUCCAAUUCCCACGAAGCCCGCCGUUGUGCCAAAACCCACUCCAGUUCCACGGAAAUCACAACCACAAUCGUUCCUCAAGUCCAGCGCUACCACAUCAGAAGAAAACGACGAUCUUCCACCAUCAUCAACCCCGCCUCCUAUCCCUGACUCUUCGCCUCCGGAUGAAAUUCUCGAGUCAAUAACUGAUGAUGAAUUGUCAGAACGCCCUCCGCCUCCCCCGUACCCAGUCCCUGAGACCCCUCCCCCACCUUACAGUAGAGCCCUUGGUCAGGUGGUCAAAUCCUCACCAGUGAAUUUAUCGUCAGAGGAACUUUCACCUCCCCCAUCACCACCGCCGCCACCACCACAUGUUCCAGAGCCAGAGGUCGUGGAGGAGAUUGUGGAGGCGAAGGUCGUCAGUAACAAACAUUCAGCUCCUCCAUCAGACGACCUGCCUUUAUAUGAAAAUGUGGUCGGAUCAUCGAUUUACGAGAAUGUCACCGGAUCAGGGAUAGUGUCGAUGAGAAAGGGAGAAGUUAAGCAAGGUAGUGAGCUAUUGCCACCGUCACCAGACGAACCGCCACCUUCCCCUGUGGUCCGAAUGGUCAAGCAGAUGACGGAGGAUGAGAAUGACCAAUUUCAGGCCAAACGAUCCCGUGGGGGUGUUUAUGUGGAAACCAAGGACCAAACAUCCGGCAGCAAAUACGAAAGUGACGACAUUAUUCCACCACGUGAAGCUGGUGACGGCCAUGAGGAACCUGACUCCAUUUUGAUUGGAGAGGAAUAUUCCACUGACGAGAUCGUAGAUUUCAUCGAGAUUCCUGGAUUGAGUAGCGGAAAUGCGAGCGAGUCGGAUGACGGCUAUGAUGUUGUUGACUACCACAAACCUUCACGGAUACGCUUCAGUAAAGGCCCGAUAAUGGUGUUUCCAACUUUUUCGACGGAGGAGUAUGAUCGGAGAAAUGAAGAUGUAGACCCAGUGGCAGCUUCUGCAGAGUAUGAACUGGAGAAACGUGUGGAAAAAAUGGAUGUCUUUCCUGUAGACCUCAUCAAAGGUCCUGAGGGACUUGGUCUGAGUAUAAUAGGUAUGGGGGUUGGGGCCGACGCCGGACUGGAAAAACUAGGGAUCUUCAUCAAAACCCUAACAGAGGGUGGAGCUGCCCAGAGGGACAAUAGGAUCCAUGUUAAUGACCAGAUUAUAGAAGUCGACGGUAAAAGUUUAGUCGGAGUCACUCAAGCCUACGCUGCCUCUGUCCUCCGCAACACAAGUGGUACUGUGAAGUUUAUGAUUGGGCGAGAGAAAGACCCAAGUAAGAGUGAGGUUGCACGCCUAAUUCAGCAAUCACUGGAGCAAGACCGUCGACGCGAAGAAAUGCGGAAACGGGAACAAGAGCGACUUCAGCAUCUACAGGAUGAUGUGAAGCCACGUGACGAGGUAGCUGAACAUCAACAUCAGCGACGUCUGUCGGAGAGUGAAAAGGAUGUCCUUCUCGAUGAUGAUAAGGAUGUUGACGAAUCUGAGGGAAUGGAGGAGGAAGAGGAAGAGGUGGAGGAGGAGGAGGAAGUCGAUGAUGACAGUGACGAGAGUGAAGGAGGUUACGCAAUGGAAACGGAGGAGACGGCAGCAGGGGAGGCUACCCCAAUGUCACUUCCUUCUGGCCUGGACAGUACGGAGAACAGCAUUAGCUCCCCUGAAGAGGGCACCAACCCUAACAUAGAAGUGUUCGACCUACAGGAGAGCAGUAGUGAUUCUAUUUCGCCCGACAUGGAGUCUCAGGCCUUGUUUGUUAAACUAAAGGAGGCGCAAUACAAGAAAGCAGUUUCUGAAGCUGAGCUGGCCAAGCUUAAAGGAAAGCUGAUCCAUUUAGAAAGCAUUGAGAACCAGAAGAAGGAUUAUGAGAAGAAAUGUGAGUCGAUGGCCAAACAACUCCGCGACCAGGAGAAAAAUCUGGAGAAAUCUCGUAAGGAGAUGAACCAGUACCAGGACCUUUUAGAGGGCUCCCAAGGUCAGUAUAUAGCCCUGGAGAAGAGGAUGAAGGGAGAUUUCACAGCACUGGAGAAAAAAUACCACAAGGCUAAGAAACUCAUCAAAGAGUACCAGUCUAGAGAAAAAGAUUUUAUCCAGGAGAGAGAAUCUCUGUUACAACAGCAGGCUGAAAAAGAUCAGCAGUACAACGCUCUGGUCAAGUCUCUCAAGGAUAGAGUGUUCCGGUUAGAAGGAGAACUUGCCGAGGCUCAGGCAGCAGCCGGCCUACCUGUGGUCAUUCCUAAAGACUCGACCACCCCACAGAAGGCAGAUCUCGACACGUUACUCAAAGUCAAGACUUCACCCUCCCAGUCAGCCCCUACAGAACAAGCUUCGAAAGUCCUGAAACACCAAAUGUCGGACAGUGUUUCCUCAAUUUCCUCUGGAUCAGACGGAUCACCCGUGGAUACUGUCGGCAGUCCUGAUCCCGAAGUCCUCGAUGGUGAACUUGACCGUGACCUUGACCUCAACGGACAUGCUGAACUUGACCUCACACUGACAGGUGUGAUUCCCGAGACAUCAUUAUUGGACACAACGGCCAACAAGAGCAAGGGUCAAGUUGGUACGACGGGUGGAAAUGCCAGUCGCCGGCUACCCACGAAACGUAACAAAUCUCAAGAAAGUCUGAACGAGGCAGCAGAGGGCGAGGUAAAGCCAGAAAACGAGAGUCGACUAGAGGCUUGGAUGAAACAUGACAGUGAUGGAACAGUGAAAAAGAGUGCUGCUAAGAAGAAAAAACCCCAGGAUGUGCUCCUACCCCCAUCGGUACCUCCACCCCCACCCCCGGGUCCUACGACGGAAGUCAUUACAGACACCGAUAAUCAGUCUCAACAUUCCCACCAAUCAGAGGAAAGCUCCUCAACAGUUUCACAAACCUCAUACGAUCCAUCCAAUCCACAUUUCAAAAACUUGGAAUCAGAAAUACCAGAAACUGUUUCCAUAGAAACCUCUGGGUCAGCAGCAAGCUCUUCAGGAGGUACAAGUUCAAGUUCAGGGACCAAGUCUUCUAGUAAAGGAAUAGGACUUCCGAAAUUUUUAACAUUCGGAAAGUCAGGGAGUAGGGAUAUUUCCGGCGGAGGAGUUGUGUUGUUAUCCAAAACAUCAUUGGAUGGAUCCAAGUCGUCUAGCAAAAACUCCGGGGGUAUCACUCUUCUGUCGAAACAGUCGUUAGGAGACGACAUCUCUGUAGGAAGUCGAGACGGCGAUGGAAUUAUCCUGGUGUCCAAGCGCCCCCUGGAUUCAGCCUAUUCAACCGAUUCAAUUUCUAUGGAUGUGAACAGGAAGAAAGUGGACUCUAAAAAAGGUGCUAGUACGGUGAGUGACACUUCAUCGUCAUUCAUGGUACAAGAUUACGAGGAUGAGGACUGGAAACAAAAAUCAUCCCACACCUUCAAUAUAUCUGGGACCCCCAGUACAGAGGAGACUCCGACUGGACCUGGAAGUCGACGGAAUGUGAAUCAAUUCCAGUCUGGGGGGAUCGCAGAGUGGACCAAUGAAAACGUCUGUCACUGGUUAAUGGCCUUGGAGAUGGAAAAAUAUAUCCCGAUGUUCAAGGACAAAAACGUCUCCGGAACUCAGUUACUACAGUUUGAUGGUGCAAAACUCAAGACCCUGGGUGUGACCUCAAGCAAAGACAGAGACUUGCUGAAGAAAAAAAUUAAAGAAAUAAAGCUGGCUUUGGAGAAGGAAAAGAAGCUACAAGACAAAGAAAGGAAAGCCAAGGAAAAAGAACAAAAGAAAAUGCAAAAGAAAAAGUGAUAUAAUUGUUGAUUCCUUGGAUUUACCUCGUUUACAGAGUUAUCUACCCUGAUAUUUGAGGAACAUCAACUUUCUUGGACAGAAAGUGAUGGACAUAGCCUCAGUGUCAAGGUAAAAAAAACUCAGAAUGAACUACUGACCGUUUGGAGUGACCACUCAGAACUGUAUGAAUAGUGACUGGUCAGUAUAUAUAUGAAGAAUAUAGCAAAUGACCAGUCAGUUUUUCGGAUUGGUCACGAUAUGAAUUGUGCUGGGUCAGUGACAGGGUCACAAAGAUCGCCCUAUAAAGGGUUACUGUGAUAUUAGUGACAAAGUCACUUCUGACAUGUUUUUUUCUCUGUUUUUUUUUUUUUUUUUUGUAAAAUAUUCAUUUUAAAAAAUUACCUUGUUCAUGAUAUCAUGAAUGUUAUGUGUGUGAAUGUGGACUUUUGAUCAUGGCAUUCAUUGGAAACAGUCUUAAAUGCCUGUGUGAACGAAAUCUGGUAUCUGUGGAGGCAAAUUCAUUGAAACCUUUUCACUAGAGUAUCACAGGGAACAAAUACUAGGUCAUUAUAGAUGGAAGUUUCAGUUUAAAUGUUUGAGUUCCUCCCCUAUCCAGCCAGUGGCAUUAUGUAUAAAAUCUGUAGAUUCAAUACUCUGUGUUGUUGCUCCAGAUCAUGAAACUGUCAGAAUAAAAUCUCUCGAGUGGAAGCAACACCAACUUUCAUCUGAUAUUGAACAACAAAAGUUGAUGUGACAUUUUUACAAAGAGUACAGAACAGGUCGAAGAUAAAUUGACAUUUUUAUUAGAUUCUUCAUAUGAUAAGCUUAGGAGACAAGUAUCUAACACAAGUCAGGGGGGCGGGCCUGUCACAGGAAUGUGAUGAGACCAAUAUCUGACACUAAGUCAGGGGGCGGGCCUAUCACAGGACUGUGAUGAGACCAAUAUCUGACACUAAGUCAGGGGGCGGGCCUAUCACAGGACUGUGAGGAGCAUUAAUAUUUAUUAGAAAAACUGUUGAACAGCAACUAAUCUUGGCUGGCUUAUUACAGGACUGAUGAGCGCUCGUUAGAAAAGCUGUUGAACAGCAAUUAAUUUUGGGGAGUUUAUUACAAGACAUACGAUUAUUGCUGGGUAAAUCAAUAUACUUGAUGGAAACUGGAUUUUACUGAAUUCUCUCCAUUUACUCACUUUUUAUCUCAAAACAUUACAUAGAUCUUGACCAAUAAUACAGAAUUUCAACUUUAGUUCUGGAAUCUGUUGUGACGAUAAUUUAUUAUUGUUACUGGAAUUUGUUGGGGCUUUCAAGUUUUAGUAAGGUUUUAAUAAAUAUCCUCAUAUAUGAGCUACCUGCUAAUUUUCAAGGGGAAAUUUUCCUUUAGUCUAUAUGCAUGCAAUCAUAGAUAAUUUUCAAGAAUAUCUUGUAAAUUAGUAUGCAAGCAGACCCAACAAAUUUGUAUUCAGACAGGAUCAGUGUUCCAAAAUUCACUGAGUGAAUAAAUCAUCACAGAUUUAUUUUUAGUUUAUUGGUAUUUUGUGAGACAAGAUUUAUCAUUUUUUGUUUUAUUUAUAAAUCACAAACAGUAUUUUCAGAGACAAUUAUUGUCAAACCCAAUUCUAACCACAAAUUUUCCAGGGACAUUAUAUAUAUAUAUAUAUAAUUAU